UGCCAGACUGAGUGAGGCAUCGCUGCAGCUCGUCUGCUGAGAUCUGGCCAUCCUGAAGAAGAGAUGUGCAUAAUGUCAUGACAAUUAUCAUAAAUGUAGUACUACUGUAAAUCAACAUGCAACAUCUAGUACCUGCCCGGCCACAGCUGCAAAGUAUCCAUAAAGUGGAUCCUGUUGUUGCUGAGACACAAAAGAAACAUUUGCAUGUUUUUUCCAGUUUGGAUAAUGACACACAUUUCUCCUCAUAAUAUGAUCCAUAACUUAGCAUUGCACUGAUUCUGGGCACCUAUAUUUCAUGGAGGUUGAGUUUGGCGUGUGAAAUAUGUCAACACUUUACAGAAACUUGUGCAAGUCAUGUCCACAUCACAUCCUCAGUUAGGUCAUCUUUUGCAUACAUAAUAACAAAUGUAAGACAUAGAACCAGGACGGAUUUACAUAAAGUAUUUGCAGAACUAUGGAAAUCUAUUCUUUUCGGCUUUAAUGACCUUCACCUUAUGUAACUCCUUCGUUACUGCACAAGGUGUGUCAAAUAGACCCAAAGAUCAAAUGCAGUUCAUCAAUAAGACAUGAGCCAAUGAGGCAAAUAAAGCUGUAAUUGACGCUACAGGUAUGUUUUGAUAGAAGAGCAUGGCUACAUUUCUAGAUAAUACUAGAUCAUGUUUAAAAGCUAAGUAAAUAAUCAUGAAAUAAAACCACACAGUGCAUAUUUGAAUCUAAUAUAGCCCCACUUCCGCGCCUCUCAAACAGGAAAAGCACCCCCGGACAGAAGCACUUUCCAACCAACACUUCCUCGCUUUUCUUACCAUUCCUGGAAAUCCAGCACCUUGGGGAGGGGGGCCACCGUAUCCUGGAUAAGCCAUUUCAAUGUACUUUACCACGAGUUAUUAACAAUGUGGACGUUGGUGAAGAAUAAGGUUUUUCUCGCUCCUCCCUCUUCUAAGAGGGCGUGUCAGGGAUUACUCAAGAUAAGAGUGAGGUCGUCUAAAUAUUAUGAUUUAAAAAACUAUUAAGUGUGUUAUAAUAUGAAUAGUCUACCAUAUGUAGGAUAUAAAUUAAGAAUGUUUUAUGUAAUGUAAUGCUUUAUGUUUCACGAUAGCUGUUCCGCCAUGUUGCAUUCUGAAAGUGUUCGUCACGUGACCUGUAAUUACUCCACUUUCCGACAGAUGUCGUGCUGUACAUUUAUCUCUCACUCACUCACAAAGAAGAAAGUCUGACGUCAUCAUCUACAACAUGGCCGACAUGUUGCAAAAAUCCCUGUGGUGAAUUUGAUUCAGCUACCUUCUCGGUGGACUCAUAGCCAUUAAAAUGUCGAACUCUAUAGAAAACGCAAGCCGCCAGGAACGAAUGGAACGUCUGCACGAGUUGAUGGGAUUUACGGAACAGUGCAAGAAGCAGAUACAAGAAAUAUACGACCUACUGGGAUGGUCACAUGAAAACAACCAAGAUAAGGAACCAAUGGAGCUCUGUCCUUUUGACCCUGGCCAUCGUGUCCCGGUUCGGUCCAUGGAGAGACACAAGGCCUCAUGCCGCCUCAGAAAGAUGGGCUACUCCCCUGAAGAGGAGGCCGAGAUGUAUGAUCCCUCUGUCUGUUAUGAGAACACAAGCGUCAGAAGCUUUAUAAUGGAUGAAAACAUUCAAAACCAGGUGAUCCUGCAGGCCAGAUCUGCUGCACCACUCAUGAAAAUGGAAGGUACCUUCUGGCAAGGUCAGUUCUCUUACCAGCCCGUCGACGUCCCGCAAAACCACAAGCGAGCCGUGUGCGACCUCACCGUGGCUGACCGCCUGGCCCUGUACGAUCAUGUGAUCAACACCGUCAACAAAGAGAAGGCACCCGGCGCCUCCAGCAACGACGAACUUUACGUGGAUUUAGUGUCCAAACUAAAGAAGGGUGAAGAACUGAAUGAGCCAAAGACCCACCUGGAGCGGAUGGCAGAGAUGAGGGACUACAAGAGGCGGCGUCAGUCCUACCGCGCCAAGAAUGUUCACAUCACCAAGAAGUCCUACACGGAGGUCAUCAGAGAGGUCAUCCAGGUCCACUCCGACGAGCUCGGCAGACAGUGGAAGGACGAGCAUGAAGAGGAGGUCAAGGAAGAAGAGGAGGACAGAGCAGUAACCUCCCGAAGGCAUAAACCGGAUGAGCGGCGGUCUGCAUCAACAGAGUCGCACCACUCACACAGCAGACGCCAUCGCAGUCACGACAGAGAGAGCAAGAAGAAGCGGAGGAAGAGGGAUUCCCGCUCCCCAGAAGAGCGACACCAUGACCGCAAGAAGAAGAAGAAGAAAAGGAAAGAAGAGCGAGGGAAGAGCGACAGUUCCUGAUAAGAUAGGUCAACACAGGAUAGGGAUUCAGUUUUGUUAACCUGCAGCAUCAACAUGAUGAACUUUGAACUGUUUUACUUUUUUAUGAUGAUGAUUGAAAGUAAUAAACUGAGAGGUAAAUUAAUGUCAAAUAAAUACAUGGAAACACA